GAGAGAGAGAGAGAGACACAGAGUCAAUUAACGACGAGCGCGUCGAGCUUCCCCGUCGUGAGACCGCGACAAAAUGAUCUCGCCCGACGACUCGAUAAGCUCCGACAGGCCGUGGCUAUUGUCCAGGAUGCGUCUCGCUGGCAUCUGCGUCCUCCUGGCGCACUUGUCGGCGCCGAUUGCGCACGCAAGUGACGUAGCGCCCAUCAUACACACAGUUCCGUUGCUGCAAAAUGAGACCCUCGUGCCGAACAAUUACGAAGGGCUGCCUUUAGUGGGGAAAUGCUGCUUCCUGGACGAAAUCCUCGUGAAAGACGCGGCCGGGAAAUCCUUGUGCGUGCCUUCAAAUGACUCGUCGACGGAGCAUUUCUCGCCUUAUUUCAGCAAAUUCAACCAAACAGGCAUGCUGUUACCUGGAAAGAAAUACGAUCAAUUUGUCGCCAUCGUGGGAAUUCCAUGCCAAUAUAAAAAGUACUUAUUAGAUCCAAAAGCGGACGAUUACGAUGAGUAUCACUUGUUGUUGAACGGUUCCAUCUUCGCGCCGCAGCAUAUACCGACUAUGCUCUCACCCGGUGAGAAUUAUUGCAUGGAAAUCGUCUUUGAAGUGGACGAACUGGGCGAACUAGUCAACCGGGGUCUCAGUCCGCUCGUUUGUUUUGCCGAAGGCAGUACCAGCUCGACCACGGACACGCAGAUCAUUAUUUACGCCUGCGGCCUCUUGAUCUCGGUUCCUUUUCUCAUCCUCACCAUCGUGGCGUACGUCAUAACGCCGAGACUACGAGAUGUCCACGGGAAGGCCCUUUGCCACUAUUGCGGCUGCCUGGCGCUAGCCUUCACCACUUUGGCCAUUACGCAACUCGCGAGUGCGCAAAUGCCGCCUGAAAUCUGCAUCAGUAUAGCAUUCGUCAUCCAGUUCUCAUUCGUGGCCUGCUUCUUUUGGCUGAACGUGAUAUGCAUCGAGACGUGGCAGAUGGUGCGCUACCACGUGAAUCAACGCUCGUACAGGCGUACACCGUCCAAGAUGCUGUUCUUCUACUACUCUAUAUGGGCCUGGGGCCCGCCGGCGAUCCUCAUUCUCAUCUCGAUGGCAAUGGAUCUCAACCCCACGAUACCCACGACCUACGUGAAACCCGCAUUCGGCAGUGACAGCUGUUGGUUCAAAUCUGAUGAAGAAGCGAUGCCGUACUUCUAUGUGCCAGUCGGCCUGCUCUUAUUCGCCAACAUGAUCCUCUUCGUGAUCACUGCUAUAAACAUUACUAGAUACCAGCAGGAGUUCGCGCUUCGGCGCCUGGCGAGGAACGAGAGCUCCGAUCGGGUGGAGCAGAGACUCUUCCGCAGGCUCAAGAGGACCUUCCUCGUCUGCCUGGUGCUGUUCUUCUUGAUGGGCCUCAACUGGACGAUGGAGCUGAUCUCUUGGUGGGUCGGCGCCGAUCAGCUAGACUGGUCGGCGUUCGACCUGGUGAACGUGCUCCAGGGCGUGCUCAUAUUCGGACUGUUCGUCCUGAGAAGGCCCAUCAGGGACUUUGUCUGGCACCGGAUUCAGAAGAUGCGUGGAAUUCACACGAACGAGCCGGAAGUCGGCAGCAUGGAGUUGGCGCUAUUACCUGUGAUGCCUGUGAACGGCAAUUCCGGACUGCCAGGAGAGACUAUCAUCAUUGAUCAAUGACAACGUAGAUGAGAAGAUGAAGGAGUCGAGCCUACUUGUGAAGGAGGAGGCACCACGCGUUUCCGACGACGACAUACGUCGGGUUUGGCCGGAGGUCGUGAACUCGGCCGUAGGCUCGAACAGAUCUCUAUUCAAGCCGACAAUCGGACUCCCUGUGUGAGAUGAUGCAAAACGAAGGCGCGUUCACACCAUGAGACGAGAGUUUAUUUGAACUCGUCGUAUCACGACGCCAGCUUGAAACGCCUUUCGAAGACGAGUGACGUUUUCCGAGCGGAUAUACCGCCCGCGCUUCGACGCGAUUCCCGCCGAUGGAUAUCGCCACUCGAACACCCACCUGAGUUUUUUAGUUAGCUGCGGAAUUAGCCCGUGAAAUCCGGCGCGCGGCGCUCUCUCUCUCUCUCUCUCUCUCUCGCGCGCGCGCGCGCGCGCGCGCACGUGCGGCCGGAGGCACAUGGUGAUUUUUAUUUAUACACUUGAGUCGGAUCGCGCGCCUAACGCUCGAGAGUCGUAUAGAGUUCUAGUCGUUUCUCUUUGUUUUUUCUCUCUUAAUGUACGACAUAUCCGGGAACGGAGAAGCGGAGAAUGGAUGAGCUGCGACACGUUCGAGUUUCUCCGAAUGCGAGGUACGUCCGUGUUCGCCCAGUGAGAUAAUUUUCGCAUGAGAGCGUGCAUUUCGCGCUGAAACCGCGGCGCUCGAUGAAAAUAGAAUAUCCUCGUCGGCAACGCGCAUUAUGUAAUACGUGAUUUGUCUUCUGCGCGAUACAGUACGCGUACUGUGUUUGCACUAAUUGCGGAAUCGUGAGAAACGAUAAUGGAGGGAACGACCUUGCUGGAGUGGUUCCCGGUAUUAAAUACGCAAUAUUAUACGCACGUUUGUUGUCGGUCCGAGCUGCGACUCGGCUGCGCGAAUCCGCGUUGAUCGGGCGCAUGGGGCAGCUGGUAAUAUUUAUGCAUUGUUACAAUGUUGCAGUGUCACGAGGAGAUAUCGCGCAACGUUAAGAUUCUCGCCAAAAAUCGAUGUCUUCGUGUCGAUAACACGUCAUUCGUGUUUACGCGUCGCUGUUUUACACAUCGUCGUCGUCGUCAUCGUUAUGUGCAAUUUGCUUAUUUAUUGCCGUAUUUUGUUGCUAGAUAUUAAUUUAUUGAAUAAAUCAGUUUAUUAUGAAUGCGCAAGCGGGAUGCGUUGAGGUGACGAGACGAGAGACGAAUAAAAAAUACUAAUAUCCUUUA